UCUCCAGAUCUCACCUCUCUCCAAUGUGAGUCAUAUACAUUAGCAAGUGAGCAAGUUGCUCCAGUUGUCCGUGGGUAGGUCGGUUUGAAAGGUGCCCCAGAGGACAGUCUCCACAGGGCAGCAGAGCACCCACCUGCGCUCUCCAGCAGAACAACAAAAAAUUUUAAAAAUGCAGAUUUCCAGUGCCUUACCAGAGAAUCUACUUCACUGCCAACCCGAGUUCUGAGAUUUACUCCCACUUGAGAGAUGAGGAGCCUGCUUCAACUUGAAGACGGCCCAUCAGGUGAGCAGCCAGCCAGCCACCACAAUGAAAGAAAUCAAGCAAGGAGUAACUUUUGCUGAGCCUGUGCCGCAACGGUCCCCAAGUAUUUCUUGACAUGCAUCUCUGCUCGCAGCGCAUCACGAUUAGAGAAUGGGGCUCAACCUGACGCUUGCAAGAUUACCAAGUGAUGAGCUGUACAGCCAAGCCAGUCACUCUGCGAACAGCACAAAGAACGCCACCCUCCGCAAUGAAUUUGACACCAUCGUCCUGCCGGUGCUUUACCUGGUCAUAUUUGUGGCGAGCAUCCUGCUGAACGGCCUGGCCGUGUGGGUCUUCUUCCACAUCAGGAAUAAAACCAGCUUCAUCUUCUACCUCAAAAACAUAGUGGUGGCCGACCUCAUAAUGACGAUGACGUUCCCGUUCCGGAUAGUCCGGGACGCGGGAUUUGGGCCUUGGUACUUCGAGUUCAUCCUCUGCAGGUACACCUCGGUUCUGUUCUACGCCAACAUGUACACGUCCAUCGUGUUCCUCGGGCUGAUCAGCGUCGACCGCUACCUAAAGGUGGUGAAGCCCUUCGGCGACUCUCGCAUGUACAGCAUAACCUUCACCAAGGUUUUAUCGGCUUGCGUUUGGGUGGUCAUGGCCAUCCUGUCCCUGCCCAACAUCGUACUAACCAACGGCCAGCCCACGAGGGAAAACAUCCACGACUGCAUGAGGCUCAAAAACCCUCUGGGAGCCAAGUGGCAUACGGCCGUCACCUACGUGGACAGCUGCUUGUUUGUGGCCGUGCUGGUGAUUCUCAUCGGGUGCUACAUAGCGAUAUCCAGGUACAUCCACAGAUCCAGCAGGCAAUUCAUAAGCCAGUCGAGCCGCAAGCGAAAGCAUAACCAGAGCAUCCGGGUGGUGGUGGCUGUGUUCUUCACAUGCUUCCUCCCGUACCACCUGUGCAGAAUCCCCUUCUCCUUCAGCCACUUAGACAGGCUCCUGGACGAGUCGGCACACAAGGUUCUCUACUACUGCAAAGAGAUGACGCUUUUCCUGUCUGCCUGCAACGUGUGCCUGGACCCCAUAAUUUACUUUUUCAUGUGCAGGUCGUUCUCAAGAAGGCUGUUCAAGAAGUCGAACAUAAGAACCAGGAGUGAGAGCAUCCGGUCCCUGCAAAGCGUCCGGAGGUCAGAAGUGCGCAUUUAUUACGACUACACCGACGUGUAGGGACCCGAGGGCCAGCGGGCCCUUCUCUGGCUGGGAUCAAUUAUGUAGAAAGUGUAAAUAAAUGUUUGUUUUUAAUUAGCCUGGCGGGAGCCCACCAA